AUGGAUACUCGAUCUAACAUUGAUCCGACAAGAAGAUAUGGUACCCAAGACCCUAAGAUUAGAAACAAAUUUACAUGCACUUUCUGCACAAAAGUUGUUAAGGGAGGUGCAUACCGGUUAAAACAGCACCUUGUUGGAGGUUAUAGAAACGUCACUGAUUGCCCAAGAUGUCCGGAACAUAUCCGGAAAGAAGUAACAGAUUUUAUGAAAGAAAAACAACCAUCAAAAGAAAGUAUUCAAAUGCUAUCAAGGAUGCAAGAAGUUGAUGAGUAUGACGAAGACGAAGAAGAAGAUUGUGUUGAAAUAAGAUCAAAAAGGGGAAGUGAAGGAACUAGCAAACUACCUCCCAAAAAGAAGCCAAAACAAAGAGGACUUAUAGAUAUGUAUUACACUCCAAAUCCUGAAGGUGCACUUAAAGGUAGAAAAGAAGGUAAAGGAGGGAAACAACAAACGAUUAAUGAGGUGUGUCGGAAAGAACUAAGGGGAAAAGCAUGCAGUGAAAUAGCAAAAUGGUUUUAUGAUGCAGGUAUUCCUUUUAAUGCUGCUACAUAUGAUAGUUUUAAUAUCAUGGUAGAAGCAAUUGGACAAUUUGGUCCCGUAAUGAAACCACCUAGCAUGUAUGAGCUAAGGGUGCCUUUGCUAAAGAAAGAAGUAGAAGCCAUUAAAGGAAAAAUGAAGGAACACGAGGAAGAAUGGGCCCAAAAAGGGUGUUCGAUCAUGUCAGCCGGUUGGCGUGAUUCGGUGGUGCAAAAAGAUAUUAUAAACUUUUUAGUGAAUUCUCCGCGGGGAUCUGUUUUCAAGAAAUCUAUGGAUGUCUCAGAAGUUUCAAAGGAUGCAAACUUGUUGUUUGGUGUUCUUGAUGACAUAGUUAAAGAGGUUGGAGAGGUCAAUGUUAUCCAAGUUAUCACGGAUAAUGCGUCCGCUUAUGUUAAAGCGGGGAAAUUACUGGAAGCCAAAAGACCACACCUCUUUUGGACACCAUGUGCGACACAUUGUGUUGAUCUUAUGUUAGAUGACAUUGGCAAGCAAAUUCCUAAAGUGAGAAGUGCUUUGAAGAAAUGUAUGCUGUCGAAUGUGUUUAUAUAUACCCAUGUUGGUCUUGUGAGCAUGAUGCGCAAGUUUACUAAUCAAAGAAACUUGCAUAGACCUGCUAUUAGCCGGUUUGUCUCUUAA